AGAGUUUUUAGAUUAAUUCUUCCCUGGCUGCAUUUUAGAUUUUAAUUGCAUGAUCUCCACAAAAUUACAGAAAAUUUCAAAUCAGGAAUAUGUAAAAAUACCGGACGUUAGAAGACUGGACGGCAACACUAAUCCAUAACCAAAGUUGCGCAUCGGAAUUGUCAAGUUGACAGAAUUAUUGGAUGCUGACAAUUGUGUGGUAGUGUCCACAUAUGUGGUAGUUUUUCUUCAUCGAAAAGUGUUAAAUAAAGUUGAAAAUUGACAGAAAAAUAAAGUGAAUUUAAGAUGCGCUAAUGCUUAAUUGAAUGAGAAACGAAACUUCAACACAAGGAAGACGUGGAAAGUUCUCAUCUACAAUAAACAACUCCAAGGAAAAACUCAAAGACCAUCAUGGCAAUGUCAAAAGGAAUUCGGGUAUUGGAGAAAUCACAACCUCCUAGCCCGCAUAGUGUUCUCCUCGAGCACCGAAACAAAUCCGAAAGUAUCUUGUUCGAAUCACAGGCGGUCGCUUCGUUAUCUUCACAAGAGACGGAAAUUAUUAGGAAACAAUAUACAAAAGUUUGCGACGCGUAUGGAUGUCUAGGCGUGUUACAACUAAAUGCUGGCGAGAGUACAGUUUUAUUCCUAGUCCUGGUGACUGGAUGCGUAUCGAUCGGAAAAAUAGGCGAUAUUGAAAUAUUUAGAAUCACUCAAACGCAAUUCGUCUCAUUACAGUUUCAAGCACCAAAUGAAGAUAGAAUUUCUGAAGUUCGUAAACUGCUAAACUCGGGUACGUUCUAUUUCUCUUACUGCCAAGCUUCCAAUCCCUCACUCAAAUUUGAUAUAACAUUGUGCGCCCAACGAAGGCGCAAAACGGAAAGCACCGAUAAUCGCUUCUUCUGGAAUAGGAUGCUGCACAUCCACAUGCUUCGUUUCGGUAUCGAUUGUGACUUUUGGUUACUCAAGGCUAUGUGCGGCUCAAUUGAAAUCCGAACCGUAUAUAUUGGAAGCAAACAGGCACGGGCUGCAAUUAUUUCUCGAUUGAGCUGCGAACGUGCCGGUACAAGGUUCAAUGUUCGAGGCACAAAUGACGAGGGCCAUGUUGCUAAUUUUGUAGAAACAGAACAAGUUAUUUAUCUGGACAACGACGUGACUAGUUAUGUUCAAACACGUGGAUCGGUGCCUCUAUUUUGGGAGCAGCCGGGCGUGCAAGUUGGUUCGCACAAAGUAAAGCUUUCCCGAGGAUUUGAUUCGUCAGCGGCAGCAUUUGAUCGCCAUAUGACCAUGAUGCGAAAUCGGUACGGACAACAAGCCAUCAUCAAUUUGUUAGGGACAAGCCUAGUUGGAAGCAAAGAGGGGGAGGCUAUGCUCAGUAAUGAAUUUCAAAAGCAUCAUAAUGAGUCCAACCAUCGCCACAUUCCUCAUAUCGUAUUCGACUAUCACCAGGAAUGCCGAGGCGGAAACAUUGCAGCUUUGUCCAAAUUGAAAGCUAGAAUAGAUGCAGCCGGAAUAAAUUUUGGAGUAUUUCAUGCAACUGGAGAUCUCGUCCUGAGAGAACAAUGCGGUACCAUUAGGACAAACUGCCUGGACUGUUUGGACCGAACGAAUUGCGUACAAACCUAUCUCGGAUUGGAUAUGUUGAAUGAACAAAUUUUAUUGUUAGGAUUAGGUGAUAAGAAGCAGACCAUGUCACGGUUUGAAGAAAUUUUCCGUCAGAUGUGGGUUAACAAUGGAAACGAAGUCAGUAAAAUCUAUGCUGGUACCGGCGCUAUUCAAGGUAGCUCUAAACUAAUGGACGGGGCGAGGUCGGCCGCAAGAACCAUUCAGAAUAAUCUGUUGGAUAACUCGAAACAAGAAGCAAUUGACGUUUUUCUAGUGGGGUCCACGUUGAACUCGGAGUUAGCGGAUCGCGCGAGGAUUUUACUACCAUCGAAUAUGCUCCAUGCUCCGACAACGGUGCUUCGGGAAAUGUGCAAACGCUACAACGAAUAUGUGAAGUGCAAGGAAAUCCGCGUUGCUGUUGGCACGUAUAAUGUAAAUGGAGGCAAGCACUUCCGAAGUGUGGUCUAUAAGGAUUCGCUGAGCGACUGGCUGUUGGAUUCCCGUGCAAUUGCCCAGUCGAAGUCCCUGGUUGAUGUUAGUCAUCCAGAAGAUGAAUCGAUAACACCAGUGGAUAUAUAUGCGAUCGGGUUUCAAGAAAUCGUUGAUCUGAAUGCAAGCAAUAUAAUGGCUGCAAGUAGCGAGAAUGCGAAGGCUUGGGCUGAAGAACUACAGCGCACCAUAUCAAGAGAUUGCAAUUAUUGCUUGCUAACUUAUCAACAGUUGGUUGGCGUUUGCUUGUACGUCUUCGUUCGACCAGAACACGCUCCAUAUGUGCGCGAUGUAGCAGUUGAUUGUGUUAAGACUGGUCUGGGUGGAGCGACUGGAAACAAGGGGGCAUGUGCGAUUCGAUUUGUUUUGCAUGGAACGUCGAUCUGUUUCGUUUGUGCUCAUUUCGCUGCAGGCCAAUCGCAAGUGAGUGAACGGAACGCUGACUAUGCUGAGAUCACAAGGAAAGUAGCAUUUCCAAUGGGAAGGACAUUGAAAUCGCAUGACUAUGUGUUUUGGUGUGGAGAUUUCAAUUACAGAAUUGAUAUGGACAAAGAAGAGUUGAAGCAACUAGUUAAGGACGGACAACUUGAGGCUGUACUCCAAUGCGAUCAGCUCAGAAAAGAACAGGAAGCAGGAAAUGUUUUCAAUGAUUUUUUGGAAGGAGAAAUCACUUUUGCGCCAACGUACAAAUAUGACUUGUUUAGUGAUGACUAUGAUACAAGCGAAAAGUUACGCGCUCCUGCCUGGACUGACCGGAUUCUGUGGAGAAGACGAAAACCGCUUGCUGAAUCCGAUUUGGCAAGUGAUUGGAAUCCCGGUGUUCUGGUUCAUUAUGGCAGAUCCGAGUUAAAGCAAAGCGAUCAUCGACCAGUGAUAGCAAUCAUUGAUGUUGACAUACUUGAAAUCGAUAAUGAUCUCAGACAAGGUGUUUUUAAGGCUGUUAUACAAGAUCUUGGUCCACCGGACGCCACGAUUGUCAUCCAUGUGAACCACGAUAGCAACCCUGAUUGCGACAAUGAAGAAGGUCCUACUAUUUACGAUGAAAACGUAAUGAGUACUUUGAUUCAGGAAUUGUCGCAAAUCGGGGAAGUUACGCUUGUACGUUAUGUUGAAGACACGAUGUGGAUCACUUUCAGAGACGGCCAAUCAGCUCUGAAUGCCGCAAGAAAAAAAUACGCUCAGAUUUGUGGGCUUCAUCUUUCAUUCAAAUUGAAAACUGAAAAUUGGCUUGCGUUAGUUGAGAAGGAGAUAUCCAUCUGUACAUCCAAUACAAUUCCUUUGUGCAAUGCCGAUCUAAGUGAAUGCAAUCGUGUUGGGAUACCGGAAGUUCCGCAGCGGCCAAAAGCACCACCAGCACGUCCACCCACGCGUCCUCCACUGCCCAAAUCACCGAAAGCUUCUCCCAAACACGUCCCGCAUGCAGGGGUAAUAAGUAUUGUCCCGGAAAUGAUGCGACCACUGAAACCCUCUCCGCCCACAACACCCAUGACACAGUUUCAGCAACCACCUAGUGAACGUAAAGGUUCUUCUGCGUCACAGACACCCUCGCCAACAAAAUCUGUUACACCGCCUAAGCAGCAGGAAGAAGUUGACUCGGGAGCUAUAUAUGAGGAAAUUCAGGAUGAUAUUGAAUAUCCCGAACCAAAACAUCCUCCACCACCAUUACCGCCAACUGUUACCGAGCAACCGAGCGGACAAGGUUCCCAGGGGGCUGACAUUAAAUCCAGACCGAAAAUGAGCACCCCGCCACCGUUACCAGCUCGCCGGGCUGGGCCUCCACCAAUACCCAACAGAAGUGGAGUCCCACCGCCACUCCCAUCAAGGCCGAACGCUAAUUAAAUAAUGGACAGAGGACAUGCUGUCAAUAUUUUCUUACGCCGAUACAGGAUGACUUUAGUUUUUAGUGAUUGAUUCAAAGCACAGCUAUAUGAAUAAAGGAGUGUGUGUAAGGGACAACAACAACAGGAUUUUUUUUUCAUUAUAUUUUCUCAUCUUUGAUGGGCGCCAAACAUCUGAAAUGUCUCUUCACGAACAUUCCGACUAUCUCUGGAUUAUUGCACUUUGAACAAACAUCGCUUGUCUUGCCAACAUCUAUCAGACCAGAUGUCACAAUCCCUGACGGAUUCCCAACCCACUUAUGGCUAAGGGAAUGCCGGAAGGAAAGGUUUACUUAUGGCUUUUUAUUUCUAGUUAAUGUAGUUAAGUGGAUAAUGCAUAUCGGCUUCAAGUCGGCAAUAUUUUUCCAUUCCAUGUUCAUUAUUUCAUUGCAGAGUUUAUGAUGAUAGUGAAGUGAUACUUUAUUGAAUAAGUCGAAUUUCAGAGCAAAUAAUUAUCAUAAUUUUAUUGUGUAAAUUAAUAAUAAGAGAAAUUAUUGUGCAACUAUGAAUGCAAGUAUUAUGAACCUCUUUAGCUAGGCUAAGACUUACCUGAGGAAAGUAUUCACAAAACGAGUGGACUCUCAAAAUAUUGGAACGUGAGAGAUUAAGUGUUAUACGUUAAACAUGCUUUUCGACUAUAGUUCCAGUUCCAUUUUGUUUAGAAUCAUUUAAAAGUUAACUAUGAAAUUUUGUGAACUCAUAACAAUGUUAGUAAAAUUAUAGUAAUUAGAUUACUAGUCAAAUGUUAGUGUAAAAAGUGUAAAAUUAUUUAUUGUUAGCUAUGAUAUGCGAAAUAAAGAGAGCUGUUU